GCGGGUGAGCAUUCUACAAGAACCGACCCGUCUCGACCCGACCCGAAAACCGAACAUACAUACGAUAAAGAACCGUAUAGUGGACCUACGAAGGAAGUCGGGUAUCGGUUCCUGGUGACAUCGGGUAACGGUUCUUCGUAAAUACCCGAUAGCUAAUCCAGAUUUCAUUGUUCCAGAAUCCAGAUCAAUCACAGUUCAAUUUCGUUCCAUAAUCCAGUUAUGGCUAUCUUCUUCUAUAUUUCAAGGUGGUAUCAGAGCUUUGGUUCUCAAAUGGCUCGACCUUGAGGUGAAUGCUUGUUUGCUCGUAGAGUCGCCGACAGAGGCAACGACAUGAGUAUUUUCUAUUCACGUGCUCGUGGUGAAGAUCGACACCCUACUCGCAGAGUCGCCGACCGAGGCAGCGAUGGAGUCUAUCUCGACCCACGGGAUCUUAAGAUCAAACGGCUCCGUCAACGAGUCCGAGAUUUUGAAGAAAUCAGACGGCUGCAUCAACGAGUCCGAGAUCUUGAAGAGAUCAGACGACUCCAGCAACAAGUCCGAGAUCUUGAGUUACAACAGGAGAUGUGCAAGGCGGAAACCGAGUUGAGUACCGUUGUCUGGGACAAAGGUGACGACGGAGAGGAGCAUCCGUUCAAACAUCGCCCACCCCAAUUCCUUGAACCGGUCUAUGAAGAUGAAUUUGGUCAAGAAUGUUUCUUGGCAGAUGAACCCAAAUUUGAUGAAGACUGAUUGAACCCGAUGAAGAAGAGUGUUUAUUUAUACAAACGACACUUAGCGGAAUUACUAUUCAAGAGGAUGGGCCCAUGAGAUCAGGUAUGUUCGAUUUUUUUCAUAAAAUAGAGGUUGUCAGUAGUGAAACUCCGGUGAUUCAUGAUGGUCCAUUGAUGGGCAAAGAGAUGGCUAAUGGUUGUUUGGGAACUCCACGUUCUAUUCCGAGUUGUGCGGUGAUUUUCAAUACCAAACCAAAUAAUCGGGGAUUUCAAAUUAAAAUAGAAGAUAUUGAUUUGUGUAAAAAAAAAUAUUGAUCUAUCUUCAGUUAUUGAUAAUGCGGCACGUCAUCAUACUUUGGAAGCCAAUUUGGAAAAUGUGUCAACAUCAAAUCAAAUGGAUAAUAAAUGUGGGCCACAUGAACAUGGAAAGGAAAAUAGAGAACCAUUCAAGCUGAUGUUGGGAAUGGGUCUACAAAGUGAUGUAGAUGAAAAUAAAUUGGUAGAUUAUGGGCCUUCUAUUUGCAACAGUAAUAGGCAAAACAUGGCUGACUUUUACGCAAUGAAAGAAAUUUUUAGACAUACAGAUCGUCGGAACCAAUUAAAAAAGGCCUCCUCUAUCCAAUUUGGAUCCGUUGCACUACAUCUUCAUUUUGGUUCUAUUCGAACAAUACAGCGGAUUGGUUUCAAUUUCAAUAUUAAUCGUAAUGAUAAUUUAUGUUUGGAUGAGCAAAGUUGCAAGCUUAGUUUUUCUGUGGGAACUAAAAUAUGGAACAAGGCUUUGUUUCGCCAGCUGGAUAAUAGUCAAGAUGUAGAGGAUGGAGAAACUCAGUUAUUAUAUGGUCCUCUUCAUGUUGAUCAAAUUGGUGAAAAGGUAAAAUAUACAGUGAACAAGAAAUGGUUCGAUGUUCCAUUCGACCAAGGUAGUACAAGUCAAGAGCCAUGCAAGACGUCUCAUCAAGUUGAACAAUCUGGGUGGGUUGUGAUGAUAGUGCAAAAGUUUUGGGUUGAUGUUCCUUUUGAUCCAGGUGGCUUUGAUUCGAAGACAAAACUCGAGGACGAGUUUUUUUCGAAGACGGGGAGUAUGAUGCACGGUUACCCAUGAGAUUAAAUUGGGGAUUAUUUUUCUUAUCUAUUAUUUGAAUUUCUUAUUUUGUUUUUUAUUUAGUUUCCUAUUUAGCGUAUGAUUCCUAUUCUAUAUAAAGGGAUCUAGGGUUUAUACUUUUAUUAGUUUUUGAUUGAUUUUUAAUAGAAAAGAACGUUGUUCUUGAA